UCCUCCUCCUCCUCCGCCGCCCAGCCUUCCCUCCUCGUCUUCUCCGGCGGCACCGCCUUCAACGGCGUCGUCGAGGACCUCAAGAAUUUCACCACUCGCGUCGCUCACGUCCUCCCCGUCUCCGACGACGGCGGCAGCACCGCCGAGAUCGUCCGCGUCCUCGGUGGCCCCGCCGUCGGAGAUAUCCGGUCCAGGUGCUUGAGAUUGGCCGAUGAAAGCACCUCCGAGGCCGUCGCCGUCCGGCAAUUGCUUGGUCAUCGUUUGCCGCUUGAUGCACGCCAAGCGAAAUCGGAAUGGUAUGAUAUUGUGGAAGGAGAUCACUCUUUGUGGACCGGAGUAUCAAAGCCCUAUAGGGAAACCAUUCGAGCUUUUCUCGUUUAUUUUCAGAAUCAGAUUCUCCGUCGAUCUGAUGAGUCAUUUUGCUUCAGUAAUGGCAGCAUUGGGAAUUUCUUCUUUGCAGGAGCACGUGUAUUUUUUCGGUCUUUGGAUGCUGCAAUAUUUUUGUUUUGUCGAGUAUCAGAUAUCCCAUCAGAAAGUUUGGUUCUUCCAGUGAUUUCCACUAAUGACAGGCUUACGCUAGGAUGUGAAUUAUCGGAUGGAACGAUAAUACGAGGGCAGAAUGAAAUAUCUCAUCCAACCAAGGAAUAUAUGGCACUUGUCAAUAAGGGAAGCUCUUCAGCUCCUGCGCUCUCUUCUAGGAUAAAGAGGGUAUUCUACAUGUCAAGUGAGGGCCAAAACUUGCUUCAUGAGGUCUUCCCUGCUCCAAACCCAACUGUGAUGGAUCAGCUACGUAAUGUGGAUUGCAUUGUUUAUGCCAUGGGUUCUCUCUUUACAUCUGUUUGUCCAUCACUGGUAUUAAUUGGCAUUGGGGAGAUUAUAUCUUCAAGGUCCUGCCCCAAGGUACUUUUAUUAAAUGGUAGUCAUGAUCGAGAGACGAGUGGCUUCUCAGCUUCUUGCUUUGUAACUGCUAUCACAGAUGCACUAAAUCGAACAUAUGGGGGCCCUCGUAACUGUCUCAAAAACCUUCCCAGUCACUACAUCAAUACCCUAUUAGUGCCCAGAGAUGGUGAGAUACCUGUUGAUAUUCAAUGCUUAGCUGACCAAGGAGUUUUCGAAGUGAUUGCUGUUGACUCUGUACAUGAUCCAAAAGUUGGUGUGGUGUUUGACCCCAAGUCGUUAAUACAAGCCCUUGAUGAUUUGAUAGGCAGACACAUGCCUAAGUGUUAAGGAAUUCUUGUCUGCUUUAACUGUUAAAUGAUCUGCACUUGCAAGGAUGGAUGCGGCAAAUUUGGUACUUUAAUCAGAAGUCUUGCAGGCUCAACUGACGAGAUGUUUUUAGAUGCUGUACAGAAUCAGCUCCAUAUUCAUGAACCGUAAAAGAAAGAAAAUGUCUGUCACUGCAAUCAUUUGAUCAUGCUUGAGGAAAUUAAUUCUUGUGUAUAUAAUUAUUUUCUGUGUAUACAUGUCAUGUACGCCAAUACCAAGUGUGUUGCUAAGGCCUAGCAUGGAGUUGUACCGAAGCGAACGAGUGUGCUAGUGUGGCUGAUGUUUCAUCGGUUUUGAAUGAUCCAAAAGAUAAUUUUCAUUUAGGUAGUGCACAGAUUAUAUGCUGAUGACCCAUUAGGUAGUGCAUGCAUGGUAGAUGACUCGAGAAUCACGAUCAUUACAUCCAUUAUAAGCCUGUUUGUAUUC